AUGGCAACACAUAUACCGUCAACGCAGAAAGCUCUGGAAAUUGUAAGUUUUGGCGAUCCGCUGAAGGGAGCACUUAGGUUGAACACCACUGCUUCUGUCCCGAAGCCUGGUCCGGGUCAGGUGCUCGUGAAGAUGCGGUAUGCAUGCCUCCAUCCUGCCGACGUGUUUGUCGUCCAAGGCGUGUACCCUGGGGUAGCCGCAGUGCGCGAACGUCGUCCUGGGUUUGUUGGCGGCCUCGAGGGUGUCGGAGAAGUUGUGGCGCAAGGUCCAGCGACCUCGCUUCCUGUCGGGACGCGUGUGAUUCCAACACUUGCGGAUCGCUCGGGCUGCUGGCAACAGUACCUCGUGGUGGACGAAAACCUCUGUAUCAAAGUACCACAGGAUAUCGGUGAUAAAGAGGCCGCUCAAUUGAUAGUGAAUCCGCUGACCGUGGUCGGCAUGUUGGAGCAGAUCGAAGCGGAGGCGCCGGUUCACGGCAACCCGUGGAUCGGACAGACAGCGGCGAACUCGACUCUCGGUCGUAUGUUCAUCCAGCUGGCGAAAAAGCGGGGCUUGUGCACGGUGAACUUUGUGCGAUCGAAAGCAUCUGUUGCGGAACUGAAACAGCUCGGGGCAGACGAGGUGAUCGUUUUUGGCGAGGAGCCGAACCUCGCCGAGCGUCUCAACGCGAUAACGAAUGGACGCGGGCUCGCUGCCGUCGUUGACGCUGUUGGCGGCGAGAUGGGCUCGGCUGCGCUGGCAGCGCUCUCCCCGGGCGGCCUUUUCAUGGCAUACGGGCUGCAGAGCGGCAAACCGACGUGUGUCAUGAACAGUGAUCUGAUCUUUAAGGGCAUCGUUGUCCGCGGUUUCUCGCUUACAACUUGGUUGAAGAACCAGAAGCCGACGAUUUUCGAGGAAACGUUUGAAAUGAUUCGCAAAGGUGAUAUGCGACCGCAAGUUGAGCAAGAAUAUACACUCGAACAGUAUGAGGAUGCUUUUCGGGCACAGUUUGCCCCGAAUCGAAAGGGAAAGAUUCUGUUCAAGUUGGAAUGA